AACAUAUCUCAUAUCAGACAUAUCAGACCAGAUCUUUCAAAACUCAAAACAUGAUUGGUCUUCAGAGAAACAUUUCGAGAACUCAGCCUUUUCAGUAGUUUCAAAAGGGAAUAGAUACAGUAUCAGAAGUCGCCAAUGACCCUCAAUCAGUGUAAAGCUGCUUUUGGGAACACUCUGGAGCACGUCUUACCUAAGCAAGAGAAUUCUGAGGAUGAUGGAUGAUGAUACUGCUUCCACAACAACUAUUGACUACUCAGAUUACAGUACAUAUGGCGAUUAUUUUGAUGACACAUGCAAUAAGACUAAUGUAGUCCAGUUUGGAGCAAUUGUCACCCCGGUCUUUUUCACGGUGGUCAUCGCGUUCAGCGUGGUGGGAAAUGCACUGGUUCUGUGGGUUCUGAUCAAAUACGAAAACCUGAAAUCCCUGACCAAUGCUUUCCUCUUCAACUUGGCCGUCUCUGACCUGGUCUUCACUGUGGGCCUGCCGUUCUGGGCCUACUACCACGCUUCCGGAGAGUGGACGUUCGGAGAUGUCGGCUGCAAAGCCGUCAGCUUCAUAUUCUUCGUGGGCUUUUACAGCAGCACCAUCUUUUUAACCACCAUGACUGUGCAUCGCUACAUGGCCGUGGUCCAUCCCCUGUCCGUGGUCUUAAACAGGAAGCCCUACCACUGCGUUAUGAUCUCCGUGGCCAUCUGGAUGCUGAGCUUCGGCGCCGCGACCCCCCACGUCAUCUUCACAGCUGCGUCCAACGCCAACGGCACCAGCCCUGUGAUUUACUGCAGCUACAACGACCUCAAAUGGAAGCUCGUCGGCAUUUACCAGCAAAACAUCUUCUUCCUCGUCUCCUUCACUAUCAUCACCCUCUGCUACGUCCAGAUCCUUGGGAGGCUCCUCAGACCCACCUCCCACACCCGCCGCAAGACCGUGAGGCUCAUCCUCUGCAUUGUGGUGGUUUUCUUCCUGGGCUGGGCGCCCUACAACCUCUCCAUCUUCCUCGACUCUUUGAUUUCUUGGGAAUUUGAGAAACUGAGCGAGUGCGAGGUCAGCAUCACCAUAGACUACGUUUUCUACGUCUCCCGCCUGGUGGCCUUCUCCCACUGCUGCCUGAACCCAGUCUUCUACGUCUUCAUGGGCAUCAAGUUCCGUUCCCACCUCAAGAAGAUGCUGUGGAGCAUCUGCAAGAGAAUGGAGCAGCCUCAGAACCGUAACAGCCGCUUAAUUUACUCCAACGGGGAGGAGAUCUCCAUGUACUAGUGGAACCAAAGCAUUCAGGGACCUUCAGAUGACUUAGAAGCUUAAAUCAGUUGCUUUUUAUGAGCAUUUGCUUUUGUUAGCAGUGGAAAUUGUUGUAUUUUCAGUUAAGAUAAGGUUUAAAUGCAUCAAAUGAAGACAUAUAGACAAUUUUUUGUACCAUUAGUACCAUUUAGUAUCAAAAAAGUGUUAAACAAACCAGAAUGAAAUUAAGAUCAGUCAAUCAAAACCAUUUCAUGAACUCAAGAAAGUUUAAAUGCAUAAAAUGAUGACAUACUGUAUAGGGAAUGAAUCUUGGUUUAAUUUUCUCAGUCAGUUUUAUAAGGUAGAGUCAUCUGGAAUUUCAGGCUUUCAGUUAACAGCUGUGCUGAACUCGUCAAGAGUUAAUUACUUGAAUUUCUUGUCUCUUAUUAAAGUGUUUGAGAGCAUCAGUUAAAGUAAAGUAGUGAAGAGGUAGAGUUACAGGUAUACAGUUAAUAGUGAAUAUUUGAGUAAUGUUCUAAUCCAGAUUAUGAGAAGCAAAAACUACUCAACUAAGUAAAAAAAAUGAGGACAGUAAAUCUGAAACAUUUCAAGAAAUUUGAAAAUAUCCUCACGAAAGUUUAAAUGCAUAAAAUGAUGGCAUACUGUAUAGAAAAGGUAUAGUACCCUUUAUUAUAUACAUACUUACUUUAGGAUUUCAUAUCAUGUGGUGUGACCCUUAAUAGCAGUAACAGUAAUAAAUAAUAAAAAUAAAAAAAACAUAAGUUGAUGGUAUUAUUAAAACUGCAGUUUUAGCAGUUUUUAAAAGUUUUAAUCACUUAUAUGUGAUUUAAAGGAAGAAUAAAUCUGCUAGAUACAGUUAAAAGCAACCAUGACAUUAUAAAAUGAGAUGAUUAUUCAUCUCAAAACCCCAUAUAAUGCAAACAGUAUAUUUUUAACCAUGUUACAGUACUGAGAACAUUGCCACAAAUUUAUUUUAAGGUCAAUUUUUCAUUUUUUUUUCAUUAUGUUAAAAUGUUCUGCAUUGUAGAUUAAUAUUAAAUGUACACAAACUAUAAAGAAAAACAUAUGGAAUUAUUUAGUAAACAUAAAAAGUGUUAAACAAACCAAAAUUUUAGAUUCUUCAAAGUAGCACCACUUUCUUAGAUAGAGACAGUUUUGCACAUCUUGGUUUUAUGAGGUAGAAUAACAUGGAAUUUCAUGCUUUCAGUUAUCAGCUGUGCUGAACUUAAAUCAAGAGUUAAUUACUUGAAUUUCUUGUCUCUUAAUAAAGUGUUUGAGAGCAUCAGUUGUAAAGUAGUGAAGAGGUAGAGUUACAGGUAUACAGUGAUGUUAUGAUGAAACUGGCACUCAUUAGGACCGCUCCAGGAAAGGAAGAGCAAGUUAACAGCACCACAGAUAAGAACCAUCGAAAAUAUUGCUUCACUGAGUAUUUUGGCUUGUUUUGUAGUAAUACUUUUAAGUUACUACAUGAUUCCUUAUGUGUUUCUUCAUAGUCUGGAUCACUUCAGUAUUCAUUUACAAUGUAGGAAAAA